AUGAUCUCUUCUAUUACAACACUAAGGCCUUCAAUCCCUCUCAUCCUAAUAACUUCCUUUCUCCUUCUUUCUUCUCCCUUGUUAGUCUCUUCUGAAGACCCUUAUGUGUUUGUUGAUUGGGUUGUCACUUACUCUCAUAUCUCUCCAUAUGGAGUACAAAAACAGGUGAUCAUGAUCAAUGAUCAAUUCCCAGGGCCAUUACUCAACACUACAACUAAUGAUAACGUCUUUGUUAACGUCCACAACCAACUCUCUGAGCCAUUCCUCUUAACAUGGAAUGGAGUGCAAAUGAGGAAGAACUCAUGGAAUGAUGGAGUUGAAGGGACUAACUGUCCUAUAGCUCCUGGAAAAAACUGGACUUAUUCCUUCCAAAUGAAGGACCAGAUUGGUAGUUUCUUCUACUUUCCUUCGUUCGGCUUUCAAAAGGCGGCCGGAGGAUAUGGACCGAUAAGAAUAAAUAACCGGGAAAUCAUACUGAUCCCUUUUGAUCAACCCGAAGGUGAUUUUGAUGUUUUGAUUGGAGAUUGGUACAAUGCUGACUAUAAGGAGUUGAGGAGUUCACUUGAUGAUGGAGCUAAGUUGCCUGCUCCUGAUGGAGUUCUUAUCAAUGGCCUGCCACAGUAUAAAGCAAACUUCACCUUCCAACCAGGGGCAACAUACAGGCUAAGGAUCUCCAAUGUUGGACUUAAAGCAACACUCAAUUUCCAAAUUCAAGGCCAUAAGUUACUACUGAUAGAAACUGAAGGCUCAUACACAAUACAACAGUACUAUGACACAUUAGACAUCCAUGUUGGCCAAUCAUACUCCGUCCUCAUCACCGCCGACCAGCCGGGGAUUGCCACAUACUACAUGAUCGCCAAGUCUCGCUUCUCCGACGGAGAUAUUCCGGUCACUGGAGUCGCAUUUGUGCAUUACUCCGGAUCAAAUGGACAACCUGUAGGAUCACUCCCUCAAAGUCCUUGCUCUAAUGACUACACCUACUCUAUGAAACAAGCACUUUCCAUUAGGAGAAACUUGACCGCUGGAGCAGCGAGACCAAAUCCACAAGGAUCAUAUCACUAUGAAAGAAUCAACAUAACUCGAACAAUUAUACUUGAAAAUGGUGCGGCACUUAUUAGUAGCAUUACGCAUUACACCGUUAAUGGUGUCUCAUUCGUCUACCCUGAUACACCACUGAAACUCGCUGACUACUACCACAUUCCCGACGUCUUCACUCUCAACGGCAUCCCUGACACUCCAGACGGCCGGGUACCCGUCUUUGGCACACCGGUCAUCGAUGCGCUUUACAAAGAUUUUGUACAGAUUGUGUUCCAGAACAACCAGCCUAUCAUCCAAACAUGGCAUUUAGAUGGCUAUAGCUUCUUUGUUGUUGGGAUGGAUGGGGGUAACUGGGAUGAAAGCAAGAAGCAGGGAUACAACAUGAUGGAUGCUGUUUCUCGUUCAACAAUUCAGGUAUAUCCAUUCUCAUGGAGUGCUGUUUUGGUGGCGUUGGACAAUCUUGGAAUGUGGAACAUUAGAUCACAAGAUGAGGAAAAGAGAUACCUGGGACAAGAAGUGUACAUGAGAGUUAGGGGAGUUGAUACUUCUGUUAUUCCUAAUCCUAGAGAUGAGAAUCCAAUCCCCAGCAACAUCAUCAAGUGUGGCAGAGCAGCCAAUUGAUUAUUUCCUUCA